UGUGUUAAGGAACCAUAGCCCCCCAGUGAAUAUAUAUACACAAAUUUGCUUCCAUUGUUUCCAAUUUCAUACCCAUUUCCCCAUAAACUCUUUGGAUUGUAUAAGAAAAGAACGACUCCAUCAACACCAUCACCAUGAGUCACUUCAACAAUCAGCAAGACACCCCAGCAGUAUCAUAUCCACCACAAGGUAUGGCCAAUCCUCCAGCAUCAUAUGUUACUGCCCCACCACCGAUGGGUUAUCCUUCCAAGGAUGGUCCUACAGCUGAAGGGUACCCCCAACAAAGAGUUCCAGAGCAAACCACAAGCAGGGGUGAUGGUUUUUGGAAAGGAUGUUGUGCUGCUUUAUGUUGCUGCUGUGUCCUGGAUUGGUGCUUCUAAUUGAAUAAUAGCAUAGAUUUGAUUUGUAUUUGUUAUAUUUUUUUCACCCUGUUGGUUCC